CUCUCUGUCUGCCUCUCUCUCUCUCGAUCUCUCACCCGUGCCUCCGUCCUUCAGGAUUUCCCGAUGAGUUUCCCUUCUUCUCAUUCCCGCAUGCACGUUAAUCACGCGUAGGCUCUUUCUUGGGGACAGUAACUGAGUUGGAUUUCGCUGGGAAAUGGGCUUUUUGAACACCAAAUUUUUCAGAUGGAUCUGCUGCUUCGGUGUUUUUGCGACGUUCUUCUUACUUGGCUUUAUAAUAGGCUGGUUUACCAGACCAACAGACACCAACUUGGGUGAAACUCCCCCAAGUAAACUGCGAGCAUUCCUGGAUGAAAUGCAGGCGAGAAACAUCAGAGAACAUCUCAGGAAAUUUACACGUCUCCCUCACCUGGCUGGAACUCAGCAGAAUCUCCACCUGGCCCAGCAGAUCCGAGACGAGUGGCUCCAGUUUGGACUGGACUCGGUGGAGCUUGUGCCUUACGACGUGCUCCUGUCCUAUCCCAACAAGACCAGUCCCAGUUACAUCUCCAUCAUAGACCAAGCGGGGAAUGAGAUAGUUAACACCUCCCUAUCGGAGCCCGUUCCAGAGGGAUAUGAGGACAUCUCUGACAUCGUGCCCCCCUACAAUGCCUUCUCAGCUGAAGGUCAGCCUGAGGGCGACUUGGUCUACGUGAACUACGGACGCACAGAGGACUUCUUUAUGCUUGAGCGUGAAAUGGGAAUCAACUGCUCAGGGAAAAUCCUCAUAGCGAGAUAUGGCAAGAUCUUCAGGGGCAACAAGGUGAAGAAUGCCAUCCUAGCGGGGGCAAAGGGCAUCAUCCUCUUCUCUGACCCGGCCGACUACUGUGCCACGGGGGUGAAGGUUUACCCCGACGGGUGGAACCUCCCAGGGGGUGGGGCCCAGAGAGGGAAUGUGCUGAACCUGAAUGGAGCGGGGGACCCCCUGACCCCAGGCUACCCUGCCAAAGAUUAUACCUACAGGUACAGCAUCCAAGAGGGAACCGGCCUUCCGAAAAUCCCCGUGCAUCCUAUCGGUUACCACGAUGCAGUCAGUCUGCUCAGGAAUAUGGGAGGUCAGAUUCCCCCUAAUAACUGGAAGGGGGCACUCAAUGUCACCUACAAGACUGGACCAGGAUUCACUCCAGAGUUCAACAAACACAAGGUCAGGAUGAACAUCCACAUAAACCACCAGGUCACGAGGAUUUACAAUGUCAUCGGCAAAAUCCGCGGGGCUGUGGAGCCCGACAGGUACGUCAUCAUGGGUGGACACCGGGAUUCGUGGGUGUUUGGGGGAAUCGACCCCACAUCCGGCGCCGCAGUGGUCCAUGAGAACGUAAGGAGUGCUGGCAAGCUAAUGGCGCAUGGCUGGAGACCGCGGAGGACCAUCAUAUUUGCCAGCUGGGAUGCAGAGGAGUUUGGUUUGCUGGGAUCGACCGAGUGGGCCGAGGAAAAUUCCAGAACACUGCAGGAAAGGGGAGUGGCCUACAUUAAUGCCGACUCUGCAAUCGAGGGCAUGUACACACUGAGGGUUGACUGCACGCCAUCGCUUCAUACAUUGGUGUACGACGUCACCAAGAAGAUUGCCAGCCCAGAUGAAGAGGGGGUGUCCCUGUACGACAGCUGGCACAAAAAGGACAACUGGACAGAUGACAGAGACGCGCCCAGAAUCAGCAAGCUUGGCUCUGGCAGCGACUUUGAAGCCUACUUCAUAAGACUGGGGAUCGCGUCCGGGAGGGCGAGAUACACCAAAGACGGGAAAACAGAGAAGUACAGCAAUUAUCCAGUAUACCACAGCGUGUACGAGACCUUUGAGCUUGUGGAUCACUUCUACGACCCCUCCUUCCGGAAGCUUCUUGCAGUGGCACGGGUCAGAGGAGCCCUUGUAUUCCAGCUAGCUGAGUCCCUGCUGCUCCCACUGGAUUGCAACGAAUACGCCAAAGCCCUGGACAAGUACGCCCGCAGCAUCUUCCAGCUAGCGCAGAAGCACCAGGAGAGCCUCGACCAGUACGGGGUCUUCUUUGAUGCUCUUUUCUCCGCCGUAGUGGACUUCACGGCAGCGGCCAAGGCCUUCCACCAGCGCCUCAAGCACAUCGACAUGACGAACUCAAUGGAAGUCAGAAUGGCAAAUGACCAGCUGAUGUACCUGGAGAGAGCCUUUGUAGACCCCCUGGGGUUGCCUGGGAGACCCUUCUAUAGGCACAUCAUAUUUGCCCCGAGCAGCCAUAACAAAUACGCUGGGGAGUCUUUCCCAGGGAUUUACGAUGCCAUGUUUGACAUCCAGAACGCCCAGGACCCAGCAAAAGCUUGGGAGGAAGUCAGACGGCAGAUCAGCAUCGCAGCGUUCACUGUUUAUGCGGCAGCUGCCACCCUCUCCCCCGCCGCUUAACACACUGACCCCAUACUAGGAGGGAAGAAUACCUGCAUUCCAAGGCCCUAUGACAAGCAGACCCCACUCCCCAGAGACCUGCAUUCCCCAACAACGGCAGGCCCCCCUCAGUAUCACUUAAGUUGUGCUCCCCGUGGGAGGAAAGGGUAUAUUUCACUACACUCUGUAUAAUGCCUUCACUUCACAGUAAAAUCCCUACUGACUCUAGUAGAUCUUUUGCUGUAGUAGAUAAUCCAGGACAGAGAAUGACUUUUGAUUAACACUGUGCCAGCAAUCAGCAUAUCUUGCAGCAAAGAGGAUGAGGAACCAGAUUUCUGAAAAGAUCUAAGUUGAAGACCCCCCCCCCCCCAUAAACAAACAAACUGGUCUUCUGAGCUGCAUUUUCUAUGUAAACAAAGACCCACGUUUAAGGUGAUGACAGAUUCACACACGCAGCAGCACAAGCAGCCUUUCUAUUAAGUUUUAUAUUCAUUGUAAUUACAACCCCGUUUCCAAAAAAGUUGGGAUGCUGUGUAAAAUGAAAAACAAUGCAAUGAUUUGCAAACAUAUAAACCCGUAUUUAAUUGAAAAUAGAACAAAGACAACAAAUCACAUGUUGAAACAGAAAUGUUUUUGGUGCUCAGUUUGAAUUUGAUACCAGCACCACGUUCCCGGGCCAGGGGCAUGUUUACCACUGUGUUGCAUCACCUCUUCUUUUAAGAACAAUCUGUAAACGUUUGGGAACAGAGGAGACCAGUUACUGGAGGUUUGAAAAUGGAUUCUUGGAUUCCAACUGUUCAACAGUUCAGGGUCUCCUUUGUCAUAUUUUUCGUUUCAUGAGCAAAUGAUUUCUAUGGGUCAAAGGUCUGGACUGCAGGCAGGCCCGUCUAGCACUCGCACUGCUACAGAGCCAUGCUGAUCACAAGUCAGGUCAGAUGGGGGUCAUGCACUGGUACAGUGCACUGUCACGCUCACCACAUGACGAAAUACCUCAGUUUGCGGCCCCCUAGGCCACCACGGGGGCUUAUCCCACCCUCUGGAAAUGGCCCUCAAUCUGCUGCAGCCAGGUGUUAACGUGGGCGUCCCCUUGGCCUGGUCCAGCCACUCGUGCCCUCAGCAAUGAGGAUCCCGUGAGCCGGAUCUUCCUCAGGUAAUCGCGCCACAUGGCCAUAGUGCUGUAAUUGACACUCCCUCACGAUGCAGGUAAUGUGACCCAUUCCCUGAGCAACCGCUUGUUCAGCAGUCAAACGAGCAGUACUUAAGGAUUCUCCAAUGAGACUGUGAUGCCUGAGGCCACACUGGGCGUCUUUCUACAUUGCCCCCUCUUUCAUUUCAUUAGAUUGUUUGCAGUGUUAUUUGCAGUCGCAUAUUAAGCUAAAUAAUCAUCCAGCAGGUUUGAUUUGUUUGUUUGUUUGUUUGUUUGUUUAUCUUAUCUUCAUAUUGUCGGUCAUGGAGUACACACGUGCGGACAGUAUGAAGGUAUUUGUUUUUGUUGUGAUAAAAUUUUUCUGCCGAGUUACCCAGUGGUUGGGGAGGUCUUGUCCCGCGGCAAACAAGGGCGUGACUGACGGCUGAGAGCCAAGGAGCACCUGCGAGGGCAGCUGAUUGGAAGAGCCUGAGUGGUUGCCAAGCAAAGGAGAGCUUUUUAUUUGAGUUGGAUUUUGUGGGUUAAUGUUAUAGAUGUUUAAGUGUGUUCCCCGCCUUGUGUGCGUGUAAAUGGCCCGGGCGUGUCGUUAUUCGUAUCCCCUUAUGUCUGUGUUAGGGAGAGGCAGUUUUGAGUUUCGUUCGUUGGAGUCACGUUCUUUUGCGUAUUAAUUCGUAUUAGGUUUCAUUAAGUUUGUCGCCUUCUUUUUGGCCAAUUUGUUAGUGUAAAAUUAGUGUAGAAUGAUUUGAUAUUGGUUGUUUACAGAGUAGGGUAAUUCAGACCGGGAGUAGUCAACCAUGUUCAACUGGCUGGUUGACAAAAUCUUGGUCUGGACCCGAAUUACCCAACUCUGGUUGUUUUUAUUAUCUGGGUAAUAAACCCUUGCUUCUAUAUUAUUAA